AUCGUGGAGUCUGAUUCUCCUCUCCCAUCAUGUUUAUGCUGGAAUGAUGUCUUCAGUGCGGCAGAAGUGUAACUGAGAGGCACAUCAGGCCUAAGACAUCUGCCCUGCAAGUGAAACUGUGAGGAAUUGGUGUUCCCAAAUGUUGUCAGGAGAAGGUGUGGUAUAAUGUAGAACUUGAGAAGAGCUACAGAUGGUUUUCUUCACUAGUGCAGUGUGAGAAACAGAUUGGAGAAGAUGAGUGAGCUGGAGCAGUUACGGCAGGAGGCAGAGCAGCUGCGGAAUCAAAUCAGAGAUGCAAGGAAAGCGUGCAGUGACACAACUCUUGCUCAGAUCACCACAAGCCUGGACUCAGUGGGUCGAAUCCAGAUGCGAACAAGGCGGACACUUAGAGGCCACCUAGCCAAAAUCUAUGCCAUGCACUGGGGCUCCGACUCGAGGCUACUAGUCAGUGCCUCUCAAGAUGGAAAAUUAAUCAUUUGGGAUAGUUAUACAACAAAUAAGAUGCACGCCAUCCCCCUGCGCUCCUCCUGGGUGAUGACCUGCGCCUACGCUCCCUCGGGCAACUACGUGGCCUGCGGCGGCCUGGACAACAUCUGCUCCAUUUACAACUUGAAAACCAGGGAGGGCAACGUGAGAGUGAGCCGAGAGCUGCCCGGACAUACAGGAUAUUUGUCCUGUUGUCGCUUCCUAGAUGACAACCAAAUCGUCACCAGCUCAGGAGACACCACUUGCGCCCUGUGGGACAUCGAGACCGGGCAGCAGACCACCACGUUCACCGGGCACACCGGGGACGUCAUGAGUCUCUCCCUAAGUCCGGACAUGAGGACUUUCGUCUCGGGUGCCUGCGACGCCUCCUCCAAGCUGUGGGACAUCCGCGACGGGAUGUGCAGGCAGUCGUUCACCGGGCACGUGUCGGACAUCAACGCCGUUUGUUUUUUCCCCAACGGACACGCGUUUGCCACCGGUUCUGACGACGCCACUUGCCGCCUCUUCGACCUGCGUGCGGACCAGGAGCUCAUGAUGUAUUCGCACGACAACAUCAUCUGCGGCAUCACCUCCGUGGCCUUCUCCAAGAGCGGCCGCCUCUUGCUAGCGGGUUACGAUGACUUCAACUGCAACGUGUGGGACACCCUGAAAGGGGAAAGAGCAGGUGUCCUUGCUGGCCACGACAACCGUGUCAGCUGUUUAGGUGUUACCGAUGAUGGCAUGGCUGUAGCUACAGGAUCUUGGGACAGUUUUCUCAGAAUCUGGAAUUAACUGGGAGCCAAACAUGUACAUUCUCCAUUUGAGACCUGGAGAGAUCAAUGCUGCAGCCUAUAGCUGUGAAAUAACAUUUCUACCUUGUAUUUGCAGGUGAAGUUUUUCUAUUCACUGAUUAUUACACAAAAAGGCUUUCUGUAAACUAUAAAAAAAAAUCAAGUGAAGAAAUAGGGGAGGGGGGAAGAAAUCACUGACUUUUUAAAAGGGGCCAGCACACAUAAUCAUGGUGACCGACAAACUAAGAGCCAGUCUUUUUGUUUUUGGUGGUUUGGUUAGAUCGUCCUUGAAGGGUUUUUGCUUGUGCUCAGAGUCUGCUAAUCCUGUACUUUUUUUGUACAUAACAGAAUAUACACAUUAUAGCAGCCAAUCGUGUAACAUUUGUCUGUAUGUAAAGAAAUAUGUUUGCAUUUUUUAAGGAACUACAUUUAUAGCUUUGCUUUUAACCUGAGAUGUCACUUCUGAGUUUUGUAGUGGAUGAUCUAGGUGGCUGUUUUAAAUGUUUUUGUGAAUUUACUGUAGAUAAAGUGAAGCCAAUGGUAUGUAUGUGUUUUUAUAAUGGAAGGCAUUUGAAUUUUUUUAAAGGCCCUGGCGAGACUCCCAGUUAAGACCUAGCGCCUUAUUCACCCACUUCUUGACCUGCUCCUCAGUUUAGUCACGGGGGUUUUUCCUUCAAGCCGGUGGUUCCUGGUUCAUCCAUUGGCAGCCGUGGCCUCCAGACACCAAGGAGUUAAUGCCAGGCAGGUUUGCAGCCACAGCACAAAAGAAAAAGGCCGAUUCCCGAGGUACUAGCUCCCUUGCUGCAGCUCUUCACCUACGUUAUUCCUUAGGAUCCAUGGGACUGGAAGCCAAGGGCCCCGCGCGCUGUCCUCGCGUGGCCGGGUGCUUUUCCCUGUGACGAUUGGGCUCCGAAGGGGGUGGCUGUGGCCGAGCUGGCUCCGCAGCUGCGGCUGGUGGUAACGGAGCCGUUGGUUCUGCUGCGCGUCCCUGGGGAUCGGACCCGGGCUCUUAGUUCCCUGCAGCCCCCCGAGCCCGGGCGUUGCUGAAGCAGAGCGCAAGCAGACGAGCUCCUCAGUUAUGUGCAGUGUGAAUCCUGAGGGGAAUUGUGUAACUUACAGCGAACCAAAUAACUUUACUUACCUGUGCGACCCUUCCCGGGUUCCUGCUGUGUGACCUUAGUGAUCUGCCUGUUCCCCUGUGGUCACAGCAGUCUGUGCCACGGCCGCCUGUUAGAUUCUGGUCAUUCUGCAUCCUGACACUGUAAAUAGCCAUUUCCUCGUUCCUGCCCAUUUUGGUGUCAGUUGCUCAUAAAUAGGUUCUGAUCAAGUGCACUGGGGUGUAGGGAGAGGGAGGAGCAAGUGAACGGAGCCCCUUACACUGCCCGGGAAGGUUCCUUAAGUCCUUGGUGCCUGGCAGCGCUGGAGGCUCCCUUGGGAAUGUGAACGUCUGUGGCCUUUUCCGAAAGGGGGAUCAAGUCUGCUGGCUUCUCUUAAGUGACUUAUUUUAAACAAUCGUAUUUGAAAUUACCAGGUUGGAGGAUCACGUUAAUCUCUGUCAGCUAAAGGACUGCGGGGAGUCUGGGUGUCUUUGGGUCAGGUAGUAAAUACAAGUGCCCGGUGUUUUGUACUAAACCAAACCAGAAUUGUUGCCGAGACCACUAACUUGUCAGGUUUCUGACAUUUGUAAUCUUAAAUUUCAGUACUUCCAGACUGUGCCUGUAAACUUGCCAUGUCUACAAUGGUUAAGGUGCCAAUAAAUGUACCAAUCGCAGUAAAUUCACUUUUUUUUUUUUUUUACUUUUUUUAAUAGCACAUCUUGUGCUAGAAAAAUUUGCAUUUACUAGCAGCAGACCGUGGUGUAGGACCAAACUCACACAGCACUGUAUGUCACAGGAAUUCCUCAGCCUUUUGCUUUCGUGAUCUCUGCAUUAACAGAGCUAUUUGUGUAAGCAAUCCUGGCUCCUCUGUCUCGUGAGCAGCUCAUCUGGCAACUUGAGUUCUUCGUGGUACAUUUGGUUUCUUUUUCUUUAUUUUUUAACUUCACAGCUGCCUUUGGUGAAUCAUUCUGAGAAUUUGUUACUAAGAGAUUUUAAGAAAGUGUUCUUUUCUAAAAAAAAGAUUUUUUUUUUUUCCAGAAAGGGGUGUUUUGAACCAAUUUGCUAGUCAACUCUGUUACAAAGACAGGUUGCCCUUUUUACACUCUGGUAUUAAAAACGAGUUUCUACUUGCGAGACCCUCCCCGUCGCCCCACGGGGGUUUGGCCCAUGGGUCGAGAACUCCUUUCCUUAACAGCUCCGGUGGUCGCGCCUGGCGCAGGGGCUGUUGCCAACACCUGCGCCCUCGCCGCCUGAUGGGCACUUGGAUCCAGCUGCUCCUCAUAAGGCCGGUUAGUUCCUGGCCUGUGAAUAGUGCAGAAAACACCUUUAAAAAGAAAAAAGAAGCCUGUGGAAUUAGUGGAACACGGUGCUAACAUAGAGAGGGCCAAGACUGACUUUGCACAGGCUCUGUAUUUUGCUUUUCAAGCAGCUGUCGGUGAGCUGGGAUGCGUUGACUAAAAUGAAGGCAGCUCCAUGGGGAAAGCUCCAGCUCCCUCUUUCUGUUAUGAAGAGGGUUAUAAAAAUAAUCACCCUUUGUAGGUUGCACUCGAAAGGCCCCAUCCCAGCUUUGCAGCUGAGAGGAAUGGGCCGUGCCCAGAGGUUCCCGUGGCCUUAGUGCUGCAGCUCCGGGUGGUUUCUCACUGCUCAGCCUGGCAGCAAACCUGGGCAUAGAAGGGCCUUUGCAGCACUCGUAGGUACAUCCCCAAGUGUCCAAAAAUCUUGGUCGCCCAACUAAGCAUCAUCUGAAUUUUAGAUAACUUAGGUAAUUACAGCAGUAACUAUAUGACUAUUGUGCCAAAACAAUAGGUGGCAAAAUAACAACUCUGCGCGGCCCCGUCACGAAGGCAGGGGGUUGUAGCCUGGGGGCCGGGAGCUGCGUGUUCCCUGCAGCAAGACUGCCCUGGUUCAGGUUCGGGUGUUCUGGAUUCCAGGCAGCCUUUUCCCUGGCUUGCUUUGCCUUUGUGAAGGACAGCACUGAUGAGGCAGACACCAACAUUGGGGCUUGUUCUCAUGGGCAAUGUGCCCAGCACUGGACGGUGCCUCCUGUCCGUGUCCAAGGUGCCACUGGGGACAGGCCGGAGCCGGGCCGGGCUCUGCCCUCUGCCCUGCGUGGGGAGCAGCUCCCUCCCUCAUCCCUCCCUCAUCCCGCUGGCAUCCCUGUGUCCCGCCUGGAGCUCACAUCAUUGAUGUUCAGGUGCAAGGAGCCACGGUGCAAACGGUCCGCGAGCGCGUGGGCUCCCCUCGCCGAGGACACUGUCACCUCCACUAGGUUUAGUGCUGUGCGUUAAGGUGUUGGUGAGAGUCAGUAUUGGCUAAUUCGACUAGUUGGUCUAAAUGGUUGUGUAGCAGAAUGACUGAUUUUUUUUGAGAUAGCAUUUCCUGUACAAGUUAUUAAGCAUGGGUUGAUGGUGCACUUUGUAUACAGUAACCUGGCAUGCAUGCUGGUAAUAAAAAAAAAAAAGAAAAAUUAAAAAAAAAAAAACCCUCCUUCCUCCACUUCAGAGGCACCACAAGCCUUUUUAUCCAGUUGCUGGUUAUGUAAAAUACAUGCAGAAUGUUAAUGCAGUGUUGUUAUGGUAAAUGUGUGAACAGUGUUACUAAUUGAUAUAACUGAUAACAGAUACAUGUGCCUGACAUUCUUAUACCACACAGUAUGUUUAGGUUUUAACUAAUAUGGACUUCAGUGGAAUAGUCUUAGAUAUUUCAAGCCUUUGUUUUACUUACACAAUGGUGCUCUCUAUUUGUGUUUUCUCCUUUUUUUUUAAAUAAAAGCAUCUGAACACUUGUAGUACAUAUUACAUCCAAAGGAGUCCAAACCAAAAUGCAUCUAAACAUGCUUGAUUUUACUUUGCCUUGAGUUUCCAGCAUCUCUCAUCUGAUAUAGGUUAUAUCUUUUUUUUUUCUCUUUUUUAAUUGUUGCUGACUACUUUGGAAAACUUCAGUAAUGUUACCAAUUAUGAAGUGAUUCUGCACUGCCUUUGGAUUGUGUAUGUAUUCAAAAACAGUCUUAAAGCUUUUAUUUAAGCUAUUAAAAAACCAGGGACUUGUGCCA